AUGGAUCAUAUGAAACGAACAUUAAGUUUUAAUCCAUUAUCUGAAGAAAAUACAAAGAAAUUACGAAGUGAAUUGUUGAAUGAAUUAAGAAUAUCUUCUAUUGAAAAUUUAUCAAAUGAAUUAUUCAAUGAAAUAUUUGAUUAUCUUGAUGGUAUUGACAUAUAUCUAGCAUUUUCAAAUCUUAAUCAUCGUUUUCAACAACUUCUUACAUCUUCAUCUAUUCUAUAUAAAAUUGAACUUAUUCAUAUAAGUUCAAAAGAAAUAUUUAUGCUUAUUUAUAAACAAAUUAAACAUCAAAUAUAUUCGAUUAAUUUUCAAAUACCAGUCCAUAUUAAUCAAUUAUUAACAUCGUUUAUUAUAGAUUCUUCAUUUAAUCAUCUUCAAUCACUUAUUAUUGAAGAUAUUCAAUCAGAUAAACUUAUUUCAUUUCUUAAUACUUUAAAAUCUUUACCACGACUUUUCUCAUUAGAUAUCCGAACAAUGCAUGUCAUGAGAGAUCUAAAUAACAUUUAUCAAUUAAUUUUUGCAUUACCAACAUUAAAAUAUAACAAACUCGAUUUAUAUGGAAAUGAAUGUUCAAUUUCAAUUCCAAUGGCUACUACUGGAAAACCAUUUAGUACUAUUGAAUAUCUUCAUAUUGAUCAUUAUUAUACUUUCGAUGAACUUUCUGCUUUAAUUUCUUAUACAGCAAAACUUCGUCAUCUAAAUCUUUCGUAUAUAAAUCAAGAUAAUUCAGAUAUUGAAACUAUGUUACCAAUUAAUUUAGAAAAUUUGACAUCGGUUUCGAUGUAUACAAAUUAUAUUAAUUUUGAUGAAUUUGAAAUAUUUAUUCAGAAUAUAUAUUCGAAAUUAAAAACUUUAUAUGUUAUUUUUAAAUAUCAAGAUAUAACUUUUCUUGAUGCUUAUCGAUGGGAACAAUUAAUUUUACGAUAUUUAUCUCAAUUGAAAAAAUUUUCUUUAAAAUAUUAUGAAAAUAGAUAUUCAAUAGAUUCUGGAGAACGAACUCAAUUCAAUUCAUCAUUUUGGAUUGAACGAAAAUUAAUAUUUAAUGUUGAAAUUAAUGAAUAUAAUAUUCUUUAUUUAGUUUGUCCAUACAGAAACAGAUGGUAUGAAUAUAAGAAUUCUACUGUUGAUUAUUUAAAAUCUACUCAAUUGACUAUUAAUUACGUUUUUUCUGGUGAACCUGCUGAUAAUUUGUUCAAGUAUAUUAAACGUGUUUUAAAUAUAGUACAAAUUUAUCAUUUGGAUGUUCAACAACAAAUUUCUAUUGAUAGAUUAAUGCAAAUUAUACAUUUAUUACCAGAUCUUAUUACAUUAAAAAUUCAUUCUUUAACAUUUUAUCGAUCAUUCUUCAAUGAAGAAUUUCCUACAACGUAUUCAAUAGAACAUGCAAGUAAAAUUAAAAAAGUUUAUAUAGAGAAGACGAAAACAAUUGAAGAAAUUUAUUUUCUUCUUAAUAUUUGUCCACAUAUAGAAUUUCUUAAUGUCGAAUGUAUUCAUGAUAUGACUAUUGAAUUAUUUCUACGAGAUAUUUUAAACAAAAUUAAUAAAGAUCUUCGUUUAUUAUGUAUUUAUGUUUCAAAGGCAGAUGAUAAUAUGAUCAAAAGAUUAAGUACAAUGAUUGAUAAUGAAAAACUUUUAUCAAAUUACACAAUUCAUCAUGAACUUGAUAAUAUCUAUUUGCAGUGGAUAUGA